GUACCGGACUCGCUUCCGGUCCGAGGUCACGCCCCCGGAAGUGGCGCCCGGGUUCAGAAAGCGCGCGCGGAACGCAGGAUUGGAGACCUGGGACGCGGGAGCCCGGGAGCCGAGCCUGGGUCAGGGGAUCCCUGGGGGACCAUGGGCGCCGCCAGGCUCUACACACUGGUACUUGUGCUGCAGUCUCAGCGCGUGCUUCUGGGCAUGAAGAAGCGAGGCUUCGGGGCCGGCCGCUGGAAUGGCUUUGGGGGCAAAGUUCAAGACGGAGAGACCAUCGAGGACGGGGCCAAGAGGGAGCUGCAGGAGGAGAGCGGUCUGACCGUGGAAGCACUUCACAAGGUGGGCCACAUCGUGUUUGAGUUUGUGGGCGAGCCUGAGCUGAUGGACGUGCACAUCUUCUGCACAGACAGUGUCCAGGGGACGCCCGUGGAGAGCGAUGAAAUGCGUCCUCAGUGGUUCCAGCUGGACCAGAUCCCCUUUGCGGACAUGUGGCCCGACGACAGCUACUGGUUUCCCCUCUUGCUUCAGAAGAAGAAAUUCCAUGGGUACUUCAAGUUCCAGGGUCCUAACACCAUCCUGGACUACACGCUGCGUGAGGUGGACAAGGUCUAGAGGCGGAAGCACGCUGGGCCCUGCGGGCCACAGGACCCACGUCACCUGCUCACUGAACCCCGAGACGCGGCUGUCAUCUCACGGGUGGGGUGGGCGGAGGUGAAAAUAAAGGCCUUUUACCUUUUUCACACUCCUCACGGGACCCCAGCAUGGCCAGCCCAGGCCCAUCCUCAGGAAGCCACCAGAUGGCCGGGCUAUGACCGCACCCUGGGACAGAGUGGGGUAGAGGGGACAGCUGGAGGACUGGGCACUGCUCUGUGUGGUGCCACAGGCUCUUGGUGGGACCAGCGUGGGCGAGCAGCUAUAUCCUCCUUGCUUACCACUGCUCCAUCAAGGGGAAACUGAGGAAGCCUUGGCCCAGGUGUAAAACCCUGGUCUGACGCACCAGAGGCUGUCCACAUCUCUGACCGCCAGGAAGGGGGAAGGCAGAGAACACAACGAUUUACUCAGCUUUCAUAAACAGGUUUAAUGGGUGUUCAUGUUUGUUAAUAAAAAUUUUGGAAUGCA